UGCGAGAAAUGCAGGCUGGAAGCGCGGAGCCUUCUUUGUGCGCAGCGAUGUUGGCGAGCGGGGUUGCAAGGGGGGAGCCUGGAGACAAAGACCAGGCUCCGGGAACUGUGGAAAGCUGCCGGAUCCACUAAGACGGUACCCCUUGAGGACCAGGUGCAUCCAUACAACCCUGGGGACUUUGUUUGGGCAAAGAAAUUCGUGAGGGGCGAUUCCUUGCAGCCAAGAUACACGGGACCACAUCAAGUCCUGUUGACUACACAAGCUGCUGUUUUCCUAGAAGGAUGAAAGUCGUGGAUACACCAUUCCCACGUAAAGCCAGCUGUAGUAGCGACACCGCCACCACCCCAGGUCCCCAAGAUACGGUUGCAGAGGAACGAAGAAACCGGCCAGUGACAGGCGGCACAAUUCCCGUUCCAGAACGCGGACAUUGAAUAAGACAUCAACACAGAAAUGCUCCAACAAACAGAAAGGAUGUCUAUUUACUUAUGGGGGAUGGCUGUGUUAGCUCGAUAUGCCUUACCCCUUUGCUGCCCCCCCAAACGUGAAGAUAUGUAAUGAUAAUGAUUAUUACUACCUGAAAGACUUUGGACGAACAAUCCCAAAAACACGGGAUUGCCCAGACCCUUUUCUUUACGAUGUAAAUCAGAUAAAGGAAGGGAUAGUGAAGGCUGACAUAGCGGGACGGUUGUGUCAUAAAACAGCCGUUAUCUUGCAACAUAAUUAUACUGGCCGCUGGGUAACGCAUUGCACCCAGGCUGAAAUCGAAUGGCCUAUUAGACUUGCACUUCGAUGCUGGCAAUAUCGACAUAUGCCUAAUUACGGCUGCCCUCCAGAGGUAGACAUAACAUCUAUAAGUUCAGAAUAUAACAUGCUUACUUUCCAGGUUAAAUAUGGAACAACCCAGCCCAAGAUGACAGAAAGACCAAAGUUUUGUGUAGGUAUUGGAGAACCAUCAUGUUAUGCAUGGCUAAAAGAUAAACUGGGCGCUCAGAAACCCAUACAAGACAAGGUGACACAAGCUACACAAACCAGGAAAACACGGGGCGGGUUCAAACAUAGAAACACUAAAAGAGGCGAUGGGUGGGACGGAAAUACUUUUGUUGCCUUAAUGGAAGAAACAGCUCCGGAAAAGGGCACCUGUUAUGUUUGUGCACACACCCCACCGCACGGACAGGCGGGAGUCCCCUUGACGGGGGCCCCAUUGCCGUUAAAUGACUAUCUCUCCUUCGCCUCACAUUCCAGCUCACAGGAACUAGAAGGGGGGUUGGUUCUUAGUGGGCCCAUCGCUAGAUCAGUAUGCGUAGGCAGCGGAAGCCAGCCAGCGGGAGGGAUGUUAUGCGAUGGCUUAAUUUACUCUACAAAACCAGGUAAUUGGUCUUUUAUAAAUGAAACACGAAAAGCAGCGGGUUUAACGUGGCUUUCUAUUUGGCAGCAUUUGCUACACCUGACUUUUGCGGACCACCAUUUAGUACCUUUCCUUACAGAUCUAGUGGAUCAUCAAACCCCAGCUGGACUCUGGUGGCUUUGUGGGCACUCAGCGGUAAGGAAAUUACCAGUAACGGGCUCCUGGACCUGUACUUUGGGAAGGGUAGUUCCAGGACUCCGGGUUUCCUCCACAUUGCCUACUCUGCGUCGCCGUAACAAAAGAAGCGCAGGGGAGGCAGUGCUGAGAGGUUUCUUUCCACAGUAUGGCGCAGCCAAAACAUACCAGGAGCUCAUAGAAUUGUCUCAAGCUUUUGAGCGUUUUAUGAAUGAUUCGGCCAUUGCCUUUUCGGAUCUCACCAACGAACAAGGGCAAAUUAGAACUGUAGUUCUCCUGAACCGACUCACAAUGUCCCUUUUCAAAAAAACCACAGCCAACUUACAUGGAAUUGGCUUUGAGACUGGCUUGGCAAUCCAAACAAGGUGAUGCAGCUACCUGAGAGACUAACUAGUCUCUCAGGGCUGAAAGGGGGGAUUGUUGUGUACAAAUUGAAACCCCUGUGUUAAUAAAACUAUAAUUCACUGGUCUUACCUAAACCAGCUUAGGCUUCAUGAGAAAUAGAACCAGAGUGGCAUUUAUCUGACUUUCGGUAUAAAAUGUAGAUUUAUUUCCUUGUGACCUGACCCUUACCGACAUUCCAGUGGCUCACAUAAUAAAAGCCGGAUUACGCUGAAGACUCCCCUACUAUGCAUUUCAUACCGUAUAUAUGCUUAUGGCUUUGCUUAUUACUGUCAAAAUGUUUCACACAGAAAUGUCAAAGGCUGCUUUAUUGUCCCUCAUAGCUCUCGAGUUGUAUCCCUCCCUUUUGAUAUGCAAGACGAAAUAAUACCAUGUCUGUGUUUAAGUUAGAGGGCGCCCGGUUGCAAUUGAACCUCCUCUUCCCAUGCGCCUUUGUCCGUUCCUGCAUAGUGCUUAUCUCAAGGACAUGUGAAAUAUGUAGACAAGUUGACAGUGCAAUGUUUCCACUUUGUUCUUCUCCUGUACCCCUUUUUGUUUCUCACAUACGUCCUAAAGCUAGGGCAGUUAGCAAUUGUUUCUUUAUGUUUUAUGACGUGAACAUGAUACUGUAAACUUCGGGGUAAACCUAUAUAAACCCCCAUCUAUCAAUAAACGCUGUUCCCAUGCUCACCUGCUUUGGCUUGUAAGUAUUGGGUCCCCUUUGCAAA